AUGUCUGGUUCGCCUACAUUCACUGUUUUACAUUUAUCUGAUAUUCAUAUUGAUUUUUCUUAUACACCUGGAUCACAAACUGAGUGUACACAACCUUUAUGUUGUCGUGAAGGUGAACCUGCUCCCGGUCGUGCAGGUGCUGGAUUUUGGGGUGAUUUACAUAGCUGUGAUAUUCCUUAUUGGACAGCAGAAAAGAUACUUCAAUACGCUGCGGCAUUAGAAAAAGUUGAUUUUAUUUAUUAUACCGGUGAUCUUCCACCUCACAAUGUUUGGAAUCAGUCACGUACACAACAACUCUAUUCACUGAAUAAGAUCAAUCAAUUAUUAGCUAAGACAUUUCCGAAUAAAACAUUUUACUCAGCAGUUGGUAAUCAUGAAGCAGCUCCAUGUAAUUUAUUUCCUACGCCGAAUGUUCGCUCGGAUAAUAUAUCAUGGUUAUACGAAGUAUUAGCAGAGAGUUGGAUAAAACUCGGUUUACCACCUAAUACACGUGAAAGCAUUGAACGCGGUGGUUUUUAUACAACAGUUAUACGACCUGGUCUACGUUUAAUAUCAUUGAAUAUGAAUUAUUGUUCGGCGGAAAAUUUUUGGUUAUUUAUUAAUUCAACUGAUCCACUUGGUCAACUUCAAUGGAUGAUAGACUGGCUACAAUAUGCCGAAGACAAUGGAGAAAAAGUUCAUAUAAUUGGUCAUAUUGCGCCAAAACAAUGUUUAGCAUCGUUUAGUUGGAAUUUUAAUAAAAUUGUGAAUCGAUAUGAAAAUACAAUUGCUGGCCAAUUUUAUGGACAUACACAUAAUGAUGAAAUAGUAAUUAAUUAUGAUGAAGUCGACCUUCAACGACCCAUUUCAAUGGGAUAUAUAACACCAUCGUUGACAACGUUUUCUUACCUCAAUCCUGGUUAUCGUGUUUAUAAAAUGGAUGGUUAUUAUCCAGGAAGUUCCUAUUGGGUACUGGAUCAUCGUACCGUUAUUAUGAAUUUGACAGCAACAAAUAUGUACAAUCAAACAAUUUUCAUGGAUGAAUAUGUUGCUCGAGACGCAUAUCAAAUGGAAAAUUUGUUUCCAAACGAUUGGCACGAGCUAAUUGAAAGACUAAAGAACGAUAUUGAUGGUCCAUUGAUGGGCUUAGUAUAUCAAUAUUAUACAAAAUCCUAUGCAAACGGUGCUCAAUGUGAUCAUAAUUGUCGUCGAGGACUUUUAUGUGAUUUUAUAAGUUUUCGCUCAGAAGAUCCUCAUUCAUGUGAUUCAAUUCCAAAUUGA